AUGGCGGGGCACAAUCAUGGCAUCCUCCGCCAGGAUCCCGCGCUCAUCAAAUGGAACAACAUGACAACGAACCGCCACAAAUACUUCCGCUGGACGCCACGAACGGUAUGGAUCUCGUUUGCCUAUGUCAUUUUGGUGCCCGCGAUGCUGGGCACGGCCGGAUACAUGACUGAGGGCAAGUGGGAACUUCGUGGCAAGAGAAGGGGAGAUUUGUUGUCUGAGUACUAG